AGAACAUCCCAUCUGACGACUGUUUGCUGCCUUGAGCUCCGUCCCGUCUAAGUUCUCGCAAGCUUUUAAAGUCACCAGGGGCACCAACGUCUCUCCCUUUUUUCUUCUCACCCUCCAACCACACAACUAAACCAACAUCACUUCCCAGAAGCAAACAUGGAAACCACACCAGUCACCGGGCUGGACGAGCUCGACAAACACCUUGACGACCUCAUCCAAGAUCCCAGCUUAACCCUCAACCCAAAGCUGUUUGACGAUGUCGAACUUCAACUUACUGAAAGCAACAUCCCACCCUUGAUUCCUCGCUUCCUCCCCCGCCUCACAACAGUCCUCAAACAGUACACUGAGGACCCAACCGCUAUCGUCAACCUCACCAUCAAGCUCCUAGGGCCCGUCCCAUUCGAGGAUGUAUUCUCACUAGCCCAAUCCGACGAGCUCAUCGUGGCCCUGGACUCGCCAGCACCCGCCGCCAACCUGCUCGGGAUGGCCAUCCUGCACAAAGCCACCGCAGCACCCCGCUUCAUCAGCUUCUUCUGCACCCACCCGGACCUCGUCGCCGCCUUCAUCCGCCGCUGGCUCGUAGCACCCCAAGUCGAAGUCGGCCAAAAAGGCGGCAAAGUCCUCGGCGACCUCCUCGACAUCGACAGCGCCCAACCACCCCCACCACCCCCCACCCGGCCCGCCGACGCCUCCCACACCGACCUCAGCAUACGCCGCGCGCCCGGCGAGGGCACCCUCUGGAACCUCCUCUUCCGCGGCCCCCACAUGUACGCGCUGCUGAUAGGCCUCGUCUCGGGCCGCCACCCGGACACGCUCGACAACCCGCGCCAGCUCUCCCUCGCGCAGGGCCGCGUCCUGCGCCUCCUCCCGCGCCUCGCCGCCAUCGACUUCCCCGCCGUCAGCCACUCCCAUUUCCCCGCCCCGCCGACGCUCGCACUCUUCAUCAACGGCGACGCCACCAACGGCAGCUUCGAGGAGAACGGAGCGGAGAACGGGGAGACGCACCCUGCGCCAGCACCACUACGCCCGCCCCAGCCCGGCGAGGGCCUACUACAGUUCGCCGCGCUGCGGCUGGUGCAGCGGACGGACCUGCUGAUGCACCUCAGCCUGGUGGAUUUCUUCGAGACGCUGGUGGCGCUGAUGCGCGUGACGGCGCCGUCGGCGGACAAGCUGGCGACGCUGCGGGCGGUGGUCGGCGAGGCGGUCGCCGGGGACGAGGUGCUAAGGGAGGCGCUGCUGAGCCUGCCGGAUCGGACGGUCGAGGAGGAGGCGGAGGAUCUGAGGCGUUGGUUGGGUGAGGUCUUGCCGGGGGAGGAGGUGCGGUUGGCGGUGAGGUGAUGGGGGGUGGGCAGGGUGUUGGAGCGCUGCUGUAGGGGAUGCCAUGAGUGGACGGAAGGGUGUACGAGUGAUUGCUUGGGUGCGGUAGCGGGUUAUUCUAAUGAUAUCCAAGCAGAGGCAUAGUGUGUUCUAGCAUAUGGUUUUCCGUUCAUGUAUCUCUCUUCCGAUGGUCUCCGUAACCGCACAGAGCGAUUUGAGGGACAAUGGUGGACGACGAACCGCAAUUUUGUCC